UUAUUCGUGUCUAGUGGCUUUAAAAACACCUCGUACUUGAUCAGCACAUUGUGUUCAUCACAGUCACUGUCGCUCAGACCCAGAAGAGACACUUCUCAGAUCACUCUUAACCUCACAAUGGACAGAUAAACACAAAUGCACCCUUGAUCCUGUUUGGUGUGAGCCACUGAGAGAGAUGCUUCCCUGUCAUCGGUUGAACCUCGCGAUUCUCCAGCUGUGUUUGCUGUCGUUGGUGUCAUUUACCGACAGCAGAAGUUUGAAAUGCUCCCCGGGGAAAGUGUGCUCAGAUCGACCGCCUGUUGUUCUUAUUCCAGGAGAUCUCGGGAAUCAGCUAGAAGCAAAACUGGACAAACCUAGUGUGGUGCACUACAUCUGCUACAAGAAGACCGAUGACUACUUCACGCUAUGGCUCAACCUGGAGCUUCUGGUGCCUGUGGCCAUUGACUGCUGGAUUGAUAACAUGAGGCUACUGUACAAUCGUACAACGCACCUCACUGAAGCUCCUCCGGGGGUGGAUGUCAGAGUGCCUGGCUUUGGAAAGACGUAUAGUUUGGAAUAUCUGGAUCCCAGUAAACGGAGUGUGGGCAUGUACUUCUUCACCAUAGUACAAGCACUAGUUGAAUGGGGUUAUACCAGAGACGACGAUGUUCGAGGUGCCCCCUAUGAUUGGCGUAAAGCCCCCAAUGAGAAUAAGGAGUACUUCCUGCGUCUGCAGCAGAUGAUUGAAGAGAUGGCUAAUAAGGCUGGAGGUCCUGUGGUCCUCAUUGCACACAGUAUGGGGAACAUGUACACUCUCUAUUUCCUUAAUCAGCAACCACAGGCUUGGAAGGACCGGUACAUCAAGGCAUUUGUUUCUCUUGGACCUCCAUGGGCUGGAGUGGCCAAAACUCUGAGAGUUAUGGCAACAGGCGACAACAACCGCAUUCCCGUCAUCAGUCCGCUAAAAAUCCGCACCCAGCAGCGAACGGCCGUCUCCACCGUCUGGCUCUUCCCCUACGCCCACUCCUGGCCCAAGGACAUGGUCCUGGUUUCCACCCCCAACGCCAGCUACACAGUACAAGACUAUCAGCGCUUCUUCAAAGAUAUUGACUAUGAGGAUGGCUGGGCCAUGAGAGAGGACACAGAACCGCUGGUCAGUGCUCUUCAACCUCCGGGCGUUGCUGUCCACUGUCUUUACGGCAGCGGCAUUCCCACACCUCAGGGCUACAAUUACACAAACUUCCCAGAUGUAGACCCCACCGUCAUCAACGGGGAUGGAGACGGAACCGUCAACUUGUUGAGUGCCAUACAAUGCAAACGCUGGAAGAGCCAGCAGACAAAGCCUGUUCACAUGUUCGAGCUGCCUGGGAACGAGCACGUCGCCAUGCUAUUGAACGUAACCACAGUUAACUACAUCCAUGAUGUGCUGUUUUCACCAUGAUUGCAUCGAGGCUUCACACUUCCCCUCUUUAACUUUGAACUGAUUAUUCUGGUUUGCCAAACAGACAGGACUUGGUUCUGCUUUUUGGGUGGAUGUCGAUCACUUCUGGAGGAUGUUCCUUACUGUAAUUCAUUUUCAGAGUUCCCUUAUUGUGGAAUUAUCAGGACAUCAACGUAAAAUUGUCAUAAACCGUUGGGCACAAUCAGCAUUUACAGAAAUUCUUCUUUUUUUUAUUUAUUUUUUUUUUAUUACUCCUCCGAUCUAAAAUUUGAUCAGAUCUAAAGUAAUUUCCAGUUGUUCAAUGUGAAAUGGCAAUUGCCUGCCGUUAAUUCUUGUCAAUUUACAUUUUAAAUAUUGUCUCUUUUUUAAACCUUUUUCAAUUUUUAACCUCCCAUAGCCACAACUUCUUUAAUCUAGAGAUUUUAUCUAGUGCUUUUUUAAAUGUUUCUAUCCGAAUUGUACUGACACUGCAGUAUUGCUGUCGAUCCUACUUACAAGCAAGUGGCUAUUUAUCAGACUGUCUGUGACCAGUAUUGAUUUAUGUAUUUUUAUCAGAUGCUCUUGAAUGUAGAAUGUGCAACCCGACUGCUGGAUAUCUCAUUAUUGCUCAAUUUAUGUCGGUUUAACCUUUCUGACUGCAUUUGCGCUAUGCCCAAGAUGGGUUAACCCAUGUUACAUGUGAACAAAGUCCGCUCUUGAAUAUACUGAACAAUGAUUUGAGAAGCAAAUUAUUUGUCGGUUUUUUUCCAAACAUUUUUUUUGAAUUGAAGUUGUAAUUUAAAAGUACAACACUAACUGUGGAAAGUGAAACUUAGUCUUUCAGUUUCAGGAUGUGGUGUGCUGCUCAUAAACCGGUUUGAUGGUAAAAAAUGCAAUGCUAAACCAGGGAGGGCCUGACUGUUUGUUGCUCAAACAACAGACAGUUGCGAACAUGCCCUGGAUUAGUGAAAAUUACUGUGUUGCAAUUAUGUACAAUAAAAUGCUCUUUACCAAAA